GGGACGCUGAUCCAGAGAGGACUUUAAUGCAUGUGCAGCAUGGCUGACUGCAUGAGUGUGGCGUGAGAGGGAGAGUGGACCAACAUUUCCAAUCGGAGACUGUUUACCUUCUUUUUGGCUGAGCUGGUGCCUUUUCUUUAACCCGGGGUGAUGUCCCAGUGCUGGUGCAGGCAGGUCCUGCUCGGUGUGGAACUGGGCAUGCUGGUGGUGGUCCUGGUGGUCAGCAGCGCAGGGCAGAGCCAAGGCAGGAGGGAGGCCGGCUCGUCCUGCUACGGAGGGUUUGACCUCUACUUUGUUUUGGACAAGUCUGGCAGUGUGCAACAACACUGGAAUGAGAUUUAUUACUUUGUUGACCACCUGGCUCACAAGUUCAUCAGUCCUCAGCUGCGGAUGUCUUUCAUUGUGUUUUCAACAGAAGGAAGGACUCUCAUGGCACUGACAGAAGACAGAGAGCAGAUUCGGGCCGGGCUGGAGGAGCUCAACAAUGUGCAUCCUGGUGGAGACACCUUCAUGGACAAAGGUUUUCAAAGAGCCAGCGAGCAAAUUUACUACGGGACCGGAGAUGGUUACCGGACAGCCAGUGUGAUCAUCGCCCUGACGGACGGUGAACUGAGGGAAAAUCAGUUUGACCUCGCACAAAGAGAGGCAGGCAGAGCUCGCCAGUUGGGUGCCACUGUGUACUGUGUCGGGGUUAAAGACUUCAAUGAAACCCAGCUUUCAACGAUAGCUGACAGUAAGGACCAUGUGUUCCCGGUGAACGACGGAUUUGAGGCGCUACACGGAGUCAUCGACUCGAUCCUGAAGAGGUCAUGCAUUGAGAUCUUGGCUGUAGAGCCGUCCAGCAUCUGUGCAGGAGAAUCUUUCGAAGUGGUAGUAAAAGGAAAUGGUUUCCUUCACACCCGAGACGUACAGAAAGUACUCUGCAGCUUCCGCAUCAAUGACACCGUUACUUUGAUGAAAAGACCUUUGGUGGUGAAAGAUACCUACCUUUUGUGCCCGGCUCCUGUACUGGAAAAAGAGGGAACAUGUGCCACUCUCCACGUCAGCAUGAAUAAUGGCCUGAGCUUCGUAUCAAGCUCUGUCACAAUUACUGCAGUCACAUGUUCUGAUGGGACCUUUGUUGCCAUAGCGUUGCUCAUCCUGCUGCUCCUGCUCAUCGUCCUCCUGCUCUGGUGGUUCUGGCCUCUCUGCUGCACCGUGGUCAUUCACGAGCCGCCUCCUCCAGUAAUAGAGGACAGCUCUGAUGACGAGGAUGGUUUUCCCAAGAAGAGGUGGCCCACAGUGGACGCCUCGUACUACGGAGGACGUGGAGUCGGAGGCAUCAAAAGAAUGGAGGUCCGAUGGGGAGAUAAAGGCUCGACUGAAGAAGGAGCUAAACUGGAAAAAGCAAAAAAUGCUCGAGUUGUGAUGCCAGAGGAGGAGUAUGAUCCACCGCAGCCUUACUACCACGUGCACAAAUCAGUCCGCCCACAGAAGUGGUACUCUCCAAUAAAGGGCAAACUGGACGCUUUGUAUGUAUUUCUGAGAAAAGGCUAUGACAGAGUGUCUGUGAUGAGACCUCAUCCUGGAGACAAGGGCAAGUGCAUCAACUUCACCCGGAGUAAACCCUACCCUGUUUCUCACUAUCCCAUCUACAACCACCCCUCCACGCCCGUCUACACUUUGCCCCACAGCUACCAGCGUCGUCCGUCAGAGGGCAGCCACACCUUCUUGCCCCCUUCGCCCACUUCAACGCUCCCCCCUCUGCCGUCCACUCCUCCCCCGGACUUUACCACCCUUCCUCCGUACACCCCUCCUCCCAACAGAGCCCUGCCUCCUUCUAACUUGAGCUCAGUCUCUGCACCCCCGUCCCCAACCGGCUCCCUACCGCCCCCUCCUCAGGGUCCCGCCCCGUGCAGAGCGCCUCCUCCCUCACGGCCUCCUCCACGCCCCAAUCAUGAUGAUGAUGAUGAUUAAAAAACGAAAUGUUGAGAAGGAUCCUCUUCUCACUGUCAGUGACUUUUAAAUGUUGCCUUUUCGAGGCUGCAGCUGAUAAUUGAACAUCAGUUUUCCUCCACAAGCAGCUCAUGCUUGAUGUGCCAAGAACUAUGACAUGAAUUUUUAAGUCUAGAAAGUAAAUAGUGUAGCGAGCACAUCUUUGGCUAUUAAAUGCUAAUGGAGCUAAGCAAUGUAUUCAUAUCUUAAGAAACAUUUCUUCCAAAUAUCAAAUCUGACCAGCAUUGCGAUACGCUCUGGAGUUGUAUAAACGGCACACAUUUUACUCUUUGCUUGAUGCAAAUCUUUGUUCACUGUUGUGACGUUCGCGAAAGAUCCGAUUCUUUUGAACGAUCCGAUUCUUUUGAACGAUCCGAUUCUUUUGAACGAUCCGAUUCUUUUGAACGAUCCGAUUCUUUUGAACGGCUCUUUGGUACGAACGAAGGGAACCGAGUCCUACUUGGUGAGAGCCGUUCUUUUUAUUGUUGGUUCACUGCCUGCAAUAAACCCACUCGCCUUUAAAAGUAACUUGCUUUCCUGAAUGCCAAUUUUCCGUAGAUGAUGGCAUAACGCAUGCUGCUUGAGUAGUAGUUUGGCUGGCUGAGAGAUGUAGCAAGUUAUACAUUUUCUGUGAGUAAAAGUAGAUUUCUGGCAAUACAGUCAAUCAUUAUCCUGGUGAUUAUUUCUCGUUUGAACGGCUCUCGGAAAAGAACGGAGCCAUAAGAUCCAGCUCCCUUCAAAGAGCCGUAAUUCCCAUCAAUACUUAAUGCAGUGGAGAUUAAAAAAAGAAGAGUAUUAGCAGCAGGAUAUCCGGUGGCUCAGUAACUGUGUCAUGUGUUUUAAACAUGCAAGUUUGUUUGGCAAGUGCUGUUUUGGAAAAUGUAUAUUUUGUAAAUGAAAAUCCAUUAAAUCACAAUCACAUGUA